GCCCGCCCCGCGCCCUCGCCUCGUCCUCCUCCUCAUCGCCCGCUCGCUCCUUCGACCACUUCGUCAACGACGACCAAUGGACCCGAUCCACAACAUUCCGCGCCAUGCGUUCCCCGUCCUGAGCGAGCCCUUCCUCGUCGACGAGACGUACGACUUUGUCAAGGAGCUCGGCCAGGGAGCCUAUGGCGUCGUGUGCUCGGCCCGCAACAAGGUCAGCGGCGACCAGGUCGCCAUCAAGAAGGUCACCAAGGUGUUCCAGAAGAAGAUUCUCACCAAGCGCGCCCUGCGCGAGCUCAAGCUCCUGCACCACUUCCGCGGUCACAAGAACAUCACCUGCCUGUACGACCUCGACCUCGUCGACCCGGUCAACUUCGACUCGGUGUACUUGUACGAGGAGUGCAUGGAAGCCGACCUGCACGCCAUCAUCCGCUCGGGCCAGCCGCUGUCCGACGCACACUUCCAGAGCUUCAUCUACCAGACCCUCUGCGGCUUGAAGUACAUCCACUCGGCGCACGUCCUCCACCGCGACCUCAAGCCGGGCAACCUCCUCGUCAACGCCGACUGCGAGCUCAAGAUCUGCGACUUUGGCCUCGCGCGAGGGUUCGACCAGGCGGCGACCGACGGCCAGAACAACCAGCAGGGCUUCAUGACCGAGUACGUCGCUACGAGGUGGUACCGCGCGCCCGAGAUCAUGCUCAGCUUUGCCAACUACACGACGGCGAUCGACAUCUGGUCGGUCGGGUGCGUCCUCGCCGAGCUCCUCGGCGGUCGCCCGAUCUUCAAGGGCAAGGACUACAUCGACCAGCUCAACAUCGUCCUGCACUUCCUCGGCACGCCGAGCGACGCGACGCUGCGACGGGUCGGCUCGCCUCGGGCGCAAGACUACAUCCGCUCUCUCCCCUACAAGCCGGGCGUUCCUUUUGUGUCGCUGUUCCCGCAGGCCAACCCGCUCGCGCUCGACCUCGUCGCCAAGCUGCUCGCGUUCGACCCGCACGAGCGCAUCUCGUGCGAGGACGCGCUCCUGCACCCGUACCUCUCGGUGUGGCACGAGCCCGCCGACGAGCCGACGUGCCCGACCCGGUUCGACUUUGGGUUCGAGAGCGAGGACACGAUCGAGGGCAUGAGGGCCCUCAUCGUCCAGGAGGUCGAGGAGUUUCGCCGCAUGGUCCGCCCGCAGAUGCGUCCGGCGCCGCCUCCCCCUCGGCGGCAAGACUCUCUCCCGGCGCCGCCGCCGAUCCCGGCGCGCGACGCGCUCGGCGCCCACGCGCACGAGGGCUACGGCGCGGCGUACGGCCGCGUGCCGCAGCAUGCGGGCGAGGAGGGCCCCGUCGAGGAGGUGCCUGGCAUGGAGCUCGACCGCGAGCUCGAGGGGCAGUACCACGGCAAGGCGAGGUGAGCGGGACGGGACGAGCUCUCGAGACGGCGAUGACGAGGGCUCUCGAGGCGGCGUGUGUACAGCGCAAUCGGUGCAACGGACGUUCUUCUCUAUCGCCUC